AUGUCUUCAUCUAUUGAUCCUACGCUCCAGAAUACGCUUAGGUUUUGACUCAGAAUUGAUUUUGGGGACAAGAAAUUGCAAACAAUUAAUGACGAGCUUGAUUCGGCUUAUGAACAAAUGAGGACUAGCGUUCGAAGGAAAGAAACUACUACAGCAAUGCUAUUAGGAUGCGGAAUCGGAGCCUUUUAUGGGAUGUAUUUAAAGCCUAUAUUAGGAAAAGGAAACUAUCUGAGAAAAACAAUUUGUGUCAUGUUUGCAAUAUCAUUUAUAGAUGCUGCUGAAGGAAUUGUCUUGAAAAAGUAUACGAACUAUGACUUAGAAAAUAAAAUGAUUGAAAGAUAUCAGUCUCAAAUUUUGCAAAAUCACCCAAAGAUCAAGGAAAAAUUGAAAGGGACAAAUCCUCAUGGAGGGAUCCCAUUUGGAAAUCCACAAGGUUCUCUGAUAAACAAUAGCCAGUAUCAAAAUAAUCAGAACUUCAACUGGCAGCCUUCUCAAAGCCAAAAUUUAUGAAGUCAGGACGCAAACAAUCGCCAGAUAGAAAACUGGAAUACACAGAAUAUUCAAGAAAACCAAAAUUAUCAAAAUCCUAGAGAUUUAGUGUGAAACCCUGAUCCUCAAGGUCAAUUCAAUGAUUAUUUAAAGCCUCAAGCGAACGACUGAAAUUCUCAAAAUAGCUGGGACAAGGAAAACCUGAGCAAGCAAGACCUUGGAUAUCCGAAUUUCUCGAAGUAUGACAGUUUGGGUAACAGAAAACCUGUAGAUUAUAAGAAUAGCUUGGGCAGUCCUGAAAAUACCGUCAAUCGGUAUUUUCCGGAACUUUUUUUUUCCUAUUAAAAGAACGUAAAAUUUCAAAAAAUCUUCGAUUUUCCAUGAAAAUACUUGGAACACAAAAUUUUCAAAAAAAAGUUCCUGAAAAAACCAUAUCAUAAAAUUUUUACUGAUUGAACUAUCUGAAAAUACCAUAAAGGUGAAAAAAAUUUCGAUAUCAUGACAGCAUAGUUUUAAACAGAGAAGCAAACAAAUAAAUCUGGAUUUGAUGAGUAAAUGGUCUCUUGUUUGCUGAAACACAAUAAUAAUCUCAACACAAAUAAAGGGAUUAUAUGCAUUCCAAUCAUUAUUGGUUAAAAAUCAAUAAAUUAUUUUUUUCCUCAAAAUCGCAUGAAAAUAUCGUCAUAAAAUUUUAAAUUGUGACAUAUGCGAUUUUAAUUGUAUGCUCAAAAUAAGUAUUAAUAAGAGCCAUAUGCUAUUCGAGCUAAGGAAACUAUUAAGGCAAGCAAGCAAAUUCAAAAGAUAUAACAAUAGAGUAUAUUUAUAUAUAUAUAAAAAUUAUUUCAAAACUACAGGAAAAAAACCGAAAAUGUCUUUUUUUUUUGAAAAAAUUGCAUGAAAAUACCAAUAGUAAAUUUUUAAACGGUCCAAAAUUUGCCUGAAAAAACCGCUAAUGGAAAAAAAAAAAAUUUCAAAAAGUCCAUGAAAAUACCAAAUAGGAAUUUAUAAUUAAAUUCAAUUAAAUUUAGGUUCGACAAAUUUAUUGAAAUCAUCUAAAGUCAAAUUAAAGAAACUAAAUCAAGUAGCAUUGAAAACAAUAGUUUAAAAUCGACUAUAUGAAUAAUAUUACAGAAGCGUGUAUCAAUUUUUUCGACAUAAUUUAAAUAGAAAAUUUUAUUUUUAGCUAUCUAGUGGAAUAGAAUUACGAAACAGUGAGAAGUAGUUUAAACUGCACUUGGUCAAAUCAAAAAAAAAUUGCUUUGAAGUCGCCUUUGUAAAUCACUCAUAGGUCAAUUAAUGCAAACCUAAGAAAAGCAUGAUAAAUGCAUUUAAUUCUGAAUUGCAAAUUCAAUAAUUUAAAAUAAAAUUUACUUUUUGAAUUGACAGCUUUUAUCCUCUAGAGAAGGCUAUAGACAAUAGUAGUGGAGUCGAUAAGUUUUUACCAUUAAGAUAAAAAUAGUUAAGUCGGUUUUAUCAAAAUGCCUAGAUAUCAAAACUCAUUUAAAUAAUUACUUACUCCCCCCCCCCCCCUCCGUGAGCGAAACAAAACCAUUAGAAAAAUCGCCAUUUUUUGACCAAAAACCCACCCUCCGUGAGUGAACAAAAAUUUUUUUAAUAGAAAAAAUUUUAAUGGAAAAAAAUUUUGAUAUAUAAGUGAUAAUUAGUAUAAUGAAAUCUAGAGCUAAUUCUGUUUAAUUUUAAACAAAUUGCGUUUUUUAAAGCAUAAAUUUUGCAAAUUAAAUUAAUAUUUGCUUCCCAAUUUUUGCAAAUUAGGAUUUUUUUUAAAUUUCGAAAAAAAAUAUUUUUUAUAAAAUUUUUAUAUAUAAAUUUUUUUUUUUAAAAAAAAAAAAUUAACCCCCUCCGUGAGCGAACAAAAUUUUUUUUGUUCGCUCACGGAGGGGGGGGGGGGAGUUAAUGUUUUUUAUAUUAACUAAUUUAAUGCUUUUUAUGGGGACUUAUAGAUUCUAUAUAAUAAUAAAUGGCUGAACGUUUUAUGCAUCCUUUAUGGAAUGCUAAUAGAAAUUUUGAGAUCGAAAGAAAAUGCAAUAGCUAAUUGCCAAGAAGUUGGAAUCCUUAAGCCAAAUAUAUGUGAUUAUGCAAUGGAAAUUGUUUAUGUAUCUUUGUGGUGAAAGUCCUUUUCUUCGUUGCACAAAUUGCAAUAUAAGCUUUUUAGUACGAAGAAGGCCUAUAUUUUACUAUUCAGGCUUAAAAUAAAGAAAAUCGUACAACUGAUAUUCCGUUGUUUCGUUAGAUAGCAGCCUCUUAUUAACAUAGUAUAAAGACGCAGAAAUUUUGAGAGUGUGUAAUAAAGUUUUCAAAAGCUUUAAUUAAAGAAAAAAUAACUGAAGAAUAUUCUACAGAUACGAAAUUUGACUUAGAGAAUGAACUGGAGAAGUUUAUCUAACAGUUGAAUAGAGACGAAAACCAUUUGACGACAAUGAAUGGUGAUCUAAAAUGGCUAUUUGGUCUAUAUAACAGAGGAACUUAAGAUUUCAGAUUAUAUUAUGUUGGAAGUGAUAUAAGCUGGAUAAAUUUGCAUUGAUUUAUUAUAAGUUCAAAAAUCCAACUGAAACAUUUAGUGAUGAAUGAGCAGCCUAUAAUAAACUCCCUACAAUUGAAUAUCUCCAUCCAAUUUUUAUCAUAUCAAAGCAUUGGCACAGGAAGGUUCAAAACCAAUAAUAUAGAAAACUUAUGAAGCAGAAUAAAGAGGCUAAGGGCUUAUAUAAACGGAUUCCACCCAAGAAAUGAAAAAGAGCUUGAAAAUUAUCCCUAUAUUUUUAAUGACUCUUAAAGCAUAGGCCUAUUACUGAAAGAAUUGAUCUUUUAAUCGAAAUCCUUAAUUUUAAUAACUUCUAAUCUCUUUAAUGAAUUAAAAGAUUUUAUUAUUAAGUUUAGAUAGCUCAAUAUUAGAAAUUGCUUUAGCAGACUUGUCUAUUUUUAUCUUAAUGGUAAAAACUAAUCGACUUCACUGCUAUUAUCUAUAGCCUACUCCAUGAGCUUCUCAAAAUAGAUUUUAAAGGUUUCAUUUAAAAGACUUGAGUUUUUUUCCUUGACUUCAAUGGAUUUAUUGUUUUUCUUCACUAUAAGAGGAUGAAAACUGCCAAGCCGAGAAAGUAACUUCUGAAAAUCAUAGCUGUACAAGACAAUAUCCGUUAUUCUGAAAUUCAGCAUGCUUCUAUCUACCCUUCCUAGCUCUGCUCUUAGCUGUUGUCUCUCAAGUUCAUAUAUCAGACAGUCUUCAAAUAACGUGACAUUCAUCUUCGGCAAUGCCCAAAUUUUCACACAGAAGGCCGCUCGAGGUUUCCUCAUGUGCGCGUUGGCAGCAUAUGAGUUUAAGCCAGCCCUUAACCUAUCUAUUGCCCGUAUUAUGUAGAAAUCUUUGGUAUUAGAUAAUAAAUAGAACGGCUUGGUCAACUUUGUUUUGGAUUCUUGCAGUUUAAACUACUUCUCACUGUUUCGUAAUUCUAUUCCACUAGAUAGCUAAAAAUAAAAUUUUCUAUUUAAAUUAUGUCGAAAAAAUUGAUACACGCUUCUGUAAUAUUAUUCAUAUAGUCGAUUUUUAAACUAUUGUUUUCAAUGCUACUUGAUUUAGUUUCUUUAAUUUGACUUUAGAUGAUUUCGAUAAAUUUGUCGAACCUAAAUUUAAUUGAAUUUAAUUAUAAAUUUCUAUUUUGGUAUUUUCAUGGACUUUUUGAAAUUUUUUUUUUUCCAUUAGCGGUUUUUUCAGGCAAAUUUUGGACCGUUUAAAAAAUUUACUAUUGGUAUUUUCAUGCAAUUUUUUCAAAAAAAAAAAGACAUUUUCGGUUUUUUUCCUGUAGUUUUGAAAUAAUUUUAUAUAUAUAUAAAUAUACUCUAUUGUUAUAUCUUUUGAAUUUGCUUGCUUGCCUUAAUAGUUUCCUUAGCUCGAAUAGCAUAUGGCUCUUAUUAAUACUUAUUUUGAGCAUACAAUUAAAAUCGCACAUUUCACAAUUUAAAAUUUUAUGACGAUAUUUUCAUGCGAUUUUGAGGAAAAAAUAAUUUAUUGAUUUUUAACCAAUAAUGAUUGGAAUGCAUAUAAUCCCUUUAUUUGUGUUGAGAUUAUUAUUGUGUUUCAGCAAACAAGAGACCAUUUACUCAUCAAAUCCAGAUUUAUUUGUUUGCUUCUCUGUUUAAAACUAUGCUGUCAUGAUAUCGAAAUUUUUUCACCUUUAUGGUAUUUUCAGAUAGUUCAAUCAGUAAAAUUUUAUGAUAUGGUUUUUUCAGGAACUUUUUUUUUGAAAUUUUUUGUUCCAAGUAUUUUCAUGGAAAAUCGAAGAUUUUUUGAAAUUUUACGUUCUUUUAAUAGGAAAAAAAAGUUCCGGAAAAAUACCGAUUGACGGUAUUUUCAGGACUGCCCGAAUAGCUUGAAUAAUCAGAAUAAUCAUUACCCAGGAGCAACUGGCACAGAUGAAAUUAGCGUUCCUUAUUAUCCUGGAGUGCCUCCAGCAAGAAUGCCAAACCAAAGACACUAA